UUAUAUUAUUUAUUUAUUUUCUUGUCAGCGAAGAAAAGAAAAUUCGUGCUUUUAAUGUAAAUAUUGUGUCGUCGUCUCGCUUUAUGAACAAAAGAAAAACUUUUCGGAGGAUAUAAUGGUAAGCAAGGGAUAUAAACAGAAACAUUUUUUGUUACAAAUGUUGUGCGUUUUUAUUAAAUCCAGUCGUGUUAAAAGAUAGAAUUAAUAUGUGUUAUUAUACUUUUUAUACAAUGGUGGUAUUAUUCAUCAGUGCGUAAUAUUUUAAAACACAAAAACUUGUAGUCUGUGGCUUUAAAGUUAGAAUUGAUUGUAUGUUGUUGUUUUCAAGAAACGAAACACAUUGACGAUUUAUGUCGCAUAUAUGGCGAUAAAAUAAACUGUACAGUGUUAUACAAAAGAGAAAAAAGUGUGAGGUGAGAGAGAAAUGUUAUCAAUGGACCAUUCGCCGCUACCCUCACCAAGACUGUUGUCUUCGAACGAUAAUUCCCCUUUUCCCUCGCCAUUUCAUUCGCCUGGCACAUCACCUGGAAAUUCUCCAAACCCCAAAAGAAAGGUAUCACCGAUUUCGCAAAAGUCUUUCGCACUUUCACCAAUGGCAUCUCCGAAAUUGACACUUAAAAGAGCAGGUUCUUAUAGAACAAAAAGCAAAAAAGUUACAAGCCGUUUAGAUGAUAUUAUACAAAAGCGGAAGUUAGGAAACCGAAACAGGUCUCUUAGUUCGCCAGAUAUUAACAGCGAUUGUUCUAACGAUGAAGAACGGGAGCAAACUCUAUCGUUUUCAGACCAUUCUGAUGAACAAUCAGAUAAUGGAGAAAGAAAAGAAAUAACUGAGAACUCAUGUGCAAAAAACCAUGCCAGAAAACAUGGCAGCAGAAAAGGUUCUUUCACCGAACACAAAGAGGAUAAAUCCAAAAGUCCAACUAUCCGAAAAAAAUCCUUAAAUGCACUGAUGGAUUUAAAGAACAUGGUGGUAACACACGGACCAAGACUACGUAGGUCUCAAUCGCAACGGUACAGUCGAGAUAAAAAGAAAGAUAAUGUUCGAGACCGAAAAUCUUCAAGUUUUACAACUGAUGACGAGUUAAGUCAAUACGACGGGCCAUUGAUCAAAGCUACAACAAUGUUUGUUCCAGGAUAUGACUUUAAAACAAAGCAAAGCACACCGUUAACACCCAGGAGACAAAGUACGCCGUUAUUUCAACGUAGAGGAUCACGGGAAAAAAUUCAUUCAACAGACUUUAAUAACACUAGACAACAAAGCACUCCAAACCUAACUAGGAGAGGUUCUAAGGACAAAUUAAAAGUUUUAGAAGCAUUAAAAACAGAUGAUACGAGAUUUAAACGUUCCGAUAGUCUCCCCCCUUCUAUCACGCUCAGUACUGAAGAGGAUGAUUAUGAUGAUGAGGACACGUUCGCAAACGGUGACCCUGAAUACAUCGCCAUUGUUGAUCGGCAGUCCGCUUUAACGUAUAGACACAGGAAAUUUGCUGAGAAAAAGAAAACCACUGCAUUAAAUUUGCCGACCAACAGUGGACGAGUGAAACAAAUGUCCAGCGGUUACGAGCAUGGUACAGUAUUUUGGAGGCGAUAUAAAAAGAAAAUGAACAUGGCGGAAUUAGAACGCAAACAUCGCUCGUGCGAAAUAGUGCAUGACAGUAUAUACAGAGAGAGAGCGAAAUCUUACGAAGAUGGUUCAGCAUACUGGAGACGUGAUGACGAAAAUCGUAAUUAUCUCUCCUCCCCGGGUAGUGAAAGCGGUUACGCUUCUCCAACGGAUAAUGCGGACCAUAACACUAAAGAGAAACGUCCGGUCAGGCCAACUGUUUUGCAUACGACAAAUCUUGAUGAAGGCUUGUCUAAUUCGUGGAGUUAUAGCCAGUGGAAAACCAAAAACAAGCAAACUCGACAUAACCUCACACCAGAUCUUGUUCGAGUGAUUGCGACUGAUUUAUGUGUUACCGAAUUAUGACUUUUAUAGCAGCUACUCAUUCGGGUGUGCCAGAGUUAUGAGUUUUACAGCUGUUUAAUAUUUUAUUUAUUACAAAGGUUUAAAAACCUCCCUCUGACUAGACAUCCAAUACUCAUGAAAUAUUUGAAUUUGCGUGAAAAUUUCUCUUAUAAUCUAAGGUUAAGCCACAAAAACUACGUUUUAUUAUAAAAAAAACUUCGCCCAUGCUGCGUUCCUAUUUUUGAAAUUUCGUCUUAUUUUUAGGGUAAGGCAAAAUCAUAUACCUUAUCAAUAAAAAAGGUUGAUGAAAUUUGACUAAAUUUGGAUUUAAUGACCACUAAUUUUCACUGACCAGCUAUUUUACCUGCUUUAAAUUUUACUUAGUUUUUUUACCGAUUUUGUUACCAUAUUUUAGUCAUCAACAUUAUGUUUAUUUUUGACCCAAAUAUGGGUCAAAAAUAAGCGGAUACAGGUUUAAUAUUCUCAGUUUUCAUUUCCAAUUGAGAUUGUGAUAUAAAAAGGAAAAUUUGUAAAGAUUUCUUUCAUGUAUUUUAUGUUAUAAACUCAAAAUACACCGGCUACAAAGUUUUACCGUAAAUUUCCGCGGUACCGCUACUAAUGUUUAGGACAACCUUGACGUAAUGUCCUGCUGUGUCGCAAACUAGGAGGAUCUCGUAACUCUCUAGCAACCUUUUCUCGCAACUUUUUUGAUACCAAUAUUACUAGAUUUACGGCACUAAAUACAAAAUACUAAUCGGUGUCAGUAGAAAAAUCUACGGAUUCGCACGUCCUUUUUUAGACCGCAUUGCGUACAUGUCGCUACUUGCGGUACCAUUUUGCGUUUCAGACAGACACACAGACGUAUACGGGUAUUAUAAUAUAGGUUUUGCAAAGGCAUAUUUUUAAUAUGAUAAAUAUUUAAUCCUUGCUUGUUGCAGCAAAAAUAGCAUUGCUGACAAAGUUGUACGUAUCUGAUAUUGUUUACAUUUAAAGCGAAAAAAUAAAUUGUAAAUUUUA